AACCAUCCUCCCUGCCUCCCUCGGGAUUAACGUCGCUUCUCACACAGCCUCUCUAUGCAGCCACCGCCCCUUUCGUCGCUUUCCCAUUCAGGCGGCUGCGCUGUCACCCCGCCCAAGCGCCGCCGGGCCCUGAAGAGCCGCGCUGCUGCUGGGCAGUGAUUGGCGAAGCCGCUUGACAACCGCAGUCAGGGCGCCGCCGCCGCCGCCGCCUCCCCCCACCCCGACUUGAGCAGCAGAAAGAGCGACUGAGCCGCCGUGCUGGCUGCUGCUGGUGACUGAAACCCCGCGGCCGGGCUCUUUCCCCCACCCCCGGUGUGAGGCGCUUGCCGCCAUUUUGGGUGCGCCCCCCCCCACGUCUACCCCCCCCCCCCAGAAGCCGCCCGUGCUUUGGGGCGGGCCCGCUUGUAGUCUACCACAAUGACGGCAGAAGAGACAGUGAAUGUAAAAGAGGCUGAAAUCGUCAAAUUAAUAUUGGAUUUCUUGAAUGCAAGAAAACUUCAUAUCAGUAUGCUGGCUCUGGAGAAAGAAAGUGGAGUAAUUAAUGGGCUAUUCUCGGAUGACAUGCUUUUCUUAAGACAGCUGAUUCUUGAUGGUCAAUGGGAUGAGGUUCUUCAGUUUAUCCAACCACUUGAAUGUAUGGACAAAUUUGACAAAAAAAGGUUUCGCUAUAUUGUACUGAAGCAGAAGUUUUUAGAAGCCUUAUGUGUAAACAAUGCAAUGUCGGCAGAAGAUGAACCUCAGCAUUUGGAAUUUACAAUGCAAGAAGCUGUACAGUGCCUACAUGCCCUAGAAGAAUAUUGUCCUACUAAAGAUGAUUACAGCAAGCUGUGUUUACUUCUCACGCUGCCUCGUCUUACCAACCAUGCAGAAUUCAAAGACUGGAACCCCAGCACUGCACGAGUUCACUGUUUUGAAGAGGCUUGUGUCAUGGUGGCAGAGUUCAUUCCUGCUGAUCGAAAACUAAGUGAGGCUGGCUUUAAAGCAAGCAACAAUCGUUUAUUUCAGCUUGUAAUGAAAGGACUAUUGUAUGAAUGUUGUGUGGAGUUCUGUCAGAGUAAAGCAACGGGAGAAGAAAUUACAGAGAGUGAAGUGCUGCUUGGCAUUGAUCUUUUAUGUGGUAAUGGGUGUGAUGAUCUGGACCUUAGUUUGUUAUCGUGGCUUCAGAAUUUGCCCUCUACUGUGUUUUCUUGUGCUUUUGAACAAAAGAUGCUAAAUAUUCAUGUUGAUAAACUCCUAAAACCUACAAAAGCUGCCUAUGCUGACCUUUUGACACCACUUAUCAGCAAACUUUCUCCUUACCCAUCAUCCCCCAUGAGGAGGCCUCAAUCUGCUGAUGCUUACAUGACUCGUUCUUUAAAUCCUGCCUUAGAUGGACUCUCUUGUGGAUUAACAAAUCAUGAUAAGCGCAUCACAGAUCUUGCAACAAAAACAUCUCCUAUGUCCCACUCCUUUGCUAACUUCCAUUACCCUGGAGUACAGAAUCUUACUCGAAGUUUAAUGCUGGAGAAUACAGAUUGCCACAGCAUUUAUGAAGAGUCACCUGAGCGAUGUGACACUCCUGUAGAUUCCCAGAACUCCUCUGCCAAUGAGACCAUGUGCCAGAACUCUGCUCUAGAAAAAGAGCCAGCAAAUGGAACGCACAAUCAAGGAUCAGCCAAGCAAGAAAAAAAUGAGCUUCGUGAUUCAACAGAGCAGUUUCAAGAAUAUUACAGACAGCGGUUAAGAUACCAGCAGCAUUUAGAGCAGAAGGAACAGCAGCGACAACUAUAUCAGCAAAUGUUAUUAGAAGGAGGAGUAAACCAGGAAGAUGGCUCAGAUCAGCAACAGAAUCUUACAGAACAGUUUCUUAACAGGUCCAUUCAGAAGUUGGGGGAGCUAAACAUGGGUAUGGACAGUCUGGGAAAUGAUGUGCAGACUCUAAGCCAGCAUUGCAAUGGAAGCAAAGGAAAUGUGUCCACCUCUCUGGAUGCUAGUCAGAGAAUAGCAAGUGAUAGUUCAAACGUUAAUACAAGCACACCUCAGAAGUAUGGCUCCACUAAUCCAGUACCCUCACUUGAAGAAUCACCUGUCCAUGGAAAUCAAACAAUACCAGAACAUGCUGCUCUUCAGGCACAACAUGAUGAUUCUCCAGGGCACCUAUCAAGAACAGGAGGCGAUGAGGAUGAUAAAUCAAAAAAGCAAUUCAUUUGUAUCAAUACCCUAGAAGAUACACAAGCUGUCAGAGCUGUGGCUUUUCAUCCAAGUGGCACUAUGUAUGCUGUUGGUUCCAAUUCUAAAACCUUGAGAGUGUGUGCUUAUCCAGACCUCCAAGACUCAAGCUUCUCCUCUGCUGUUCCUCGAAAACUGGUAUUUGACUUAGGCAGAUCUUCGAUCUCUUCCUCUGUAAAGAUGACAACAAAUGGUAGUAACACUCCUAAACAGCCAGUGGUUCGUUUCAAAAGGAACAAACAUCACAAAGGAUCAAUUUAUUGCGUGGCAUGGAGUCCCUGUGGACAACUGCUGGCUACUGGUUCCAAUGACAAGUAUGUUAAAGUACUACCUUUCAAUGCAGACAGUUGUAAUGCAACAGGACCAGAUUUAGAAUUCAGUAUGCACGAUGGAACCAUUAGAGAUCUAGCUUUUAUGGAAGGCCCCGAAAGUGGUGGUGCUAUUUUAAUAAGUGCUGGAGCUGGGGACUGUAAUAUUUAUACAACAGACUGCCAGCGAGGGCAAGGUCUUCACGCUUUGAGUGGCCAUACGGGUCAUAUUUUAGCACUUUAUACAUGGAGUGGAUGGAUGAUAGCAUCUGGCUCCCAAGACAAGACUGUGAGAUUCUGGGAUCUCAGAGUACCCAGUUGUGUCCGGGUGGUUGGAACAACAUUUCAUGGAACUGGCAGUGCUGUGGCAUCAGUAGCUGUAGAUCCUAGUGGUCGUCUUUUAGCUACAGGACAGGAAGAUUCCAGCUGUAUGCUCUAUGACAUUCGUGGAGGACGAAUGGUGCAGAGUUACCAUCCUCAUUCCAGUGAUGUCCGUUCUGUUCGCUUCUCCCCUGGGGCUCAUUACCUGCUCACAGGAUCUUAUGAUAUGAAAAUAAAGGUGACAGACCUGCAAGGUGACCUUACGAAGCAGCUUCCAAUUAUGGUGGUAGGGGAGCAUAAAGACAAAGUGAUUCAAUGCAGGUGGCAUACACAAGAUCUUUCCUUCUUAUCGUCAUCUGCAGACAGAACUGUAAAACUCUGGACCUAUAAUGGCUAAAGGGUAGUUUUAAAGGGCAACCUAUGCAGAUAAAGCACAGACACAUAAGACUACUGGAACAUUCAACUAACAUAAGAGAGGAGCAUUUGACUAGAAAAGUGUCUCAUGGAGAAGAGAUGCUUGCCACAGUUACCUGACUGCUAGGAGGUGUUGGUGUGUUAGAGUAUAAUUUUGCAGUGCUUUCCAUGUGAUCUGCUGCUAUGACCUAUUGUAGUCUUUUUGCCGAAGUCUGCUGAAAGAGCUCUUGCAUUGUCAGUGUGCACUCAAAAAGUAAGACUAAUUAUGUGUUUACAGUUUAGUGUUAAUUGCAUUCCCUGGUCUUUGCUUCUGACAGUUUUUCUAGAUAAAUUAAAACUGAAUCACAAUUCAAUCAAGUUCACAUGCAAUAUGGUCCACACAAUAGAUUAUUAUUUUUUUAGAAAGUUGUCUUUUCCACAUCGUUGCAUACAUCAUGUUUUAACAAGUGAUCAAAUUCCUUUUGUAUCAAAAAUUUCAUCUUUUGAUUUUAGUAGCUAUACUUAUGAACUCUAAAGGUGGUUAGGUAAUGGCUGAUCUUGAAAACAACUAUAUGUGUUAUUUUCAUGUUUGGACACUUCAACUUGGACCAGUUUUAUUCAUAGAUUAUGUUCAGCACUUGUUGGGGGGAAAUGGUUUGUUGAGGACACAUUAACAUGUUUGUUUGCAACAAAAUACCUCUGUGUGUAUGGUGUACUGUAGAAAAGCAAGCAUAUAAGUAAUUGGUUGGUACAGCGAUUUAAAUGGCAAUGAAUAUGAUUUACCAAACCUCCAAGCACCACAUGGGAAGACUGAGCAUGGAGCAUGAGGUUUCUCUGCAGUUUCCACCAGAGCUGGUCAUACUGCAGAAAAAAACAAUGUUUUAAAUGGAAAAGCAGCUUAUCUCUUUAGCAAUGCAAAUGACUGUCGUAGAAACUUCAGAGUCCUCUGGUUGCACAUGCUGUUCUCCCCUAUGCGUGCAUUUAGAGUACCAUAAAAAUAGUAAAGGUAACAGCAUGGCUUGAGAUGCUGUGUCUGCAUGAUGAUAUAAAAUGAAAUUAUUUCCCAGUUCAGAAGCUUGUUUGGAUUUUUAUUUCUUGCACUGUCUAUAUAAAACAGAGUUGCAAUUUUAUUUCUAAAUAUCUUUAGUCUUAUGUUUAUGUAUUUAUAUUUUCAUAUUGUACAGUUAUAUUGCUUUUAAGUUAAAUUCUUUAAAUAUUUAGGUUAUUUAUUUGAAGUACAAUUAAGGUUUGGUUCUAAUUAAUUCUGUGCACUGUAGCAAGACCUUUUUAACUAUCGUAAAAAGUUGAGGUUACUAUAGAAGUGUUAUACGUGCUUUAAAAAUAAAGACUGACACCUGAACAUGAA